UCAAGCUGUUAACACGAAAUCGUUUCUACAACACAAAAUUGUUGGUAAAAUGGAGAAAUACGAAAAAAUGAAGAAACUGCAGCAAAUGGCUGCUAUCGAUCCGCAGCCACCAAAAUGCAGCUGUAACUGCAAGCGCAAGUUGGAUCCGUAUCAAUUGUUUGACGAUAACAUCGAGGAUAUAGCCAACAGUUUGGCGCAGAUCAUGCUCAUCUGUGGCAUCAAUACCACAAAGUGUUACAACGCGAAGCCGAUUAUCAAGCGCGCGUUCGUGUAUCACGAGAAGAUGCGCACCAAGUGCCCCCCGGAGCCGGAUCGGGCGAUUCAUUUGAAUCGCGAUGAUAUGCUGCAGGCACUGCUUAUCAAAUGUGACAUGCAACGUGUGGAGGCAAUGCUGUCGUAUGCAAUUAUUAAGCGAGCUUUUAAGGCCUUUUUCCACGGUAAGCCACCGACGACGAUCAGCAACCCAAUUGUGGACGCUAUGGCCAUACACGGCCAGGAGUCCGCUUGGUUGCACGCGGCUUACAAGACGGCGCGAAUCUUCGACAACUACAGGGCGGCCUUCUUCUGGGCGCACAAGUCCUACGAGAAGCAAAUCAAUCUUGUCUACCGUAAUCUCUUCCGGCGCAUGCGCACACGAGCCGAUCCGAUGCAGGUGCCAACCUGCAAGUGUCGCGGCUGUUCCAAGCAGGAGGUGCCUGGUAGUCCGAAGCCUGCAGGACGGGACUAUACGCAACUCAAGCUGGCUGAAUGCGACAACUUGCUGGAGUCGUGCAUUGUUUGUGGCUUGCAGUUGCCGAAGAUGAAAACAAAUGGGAAGGUGAAGGUGAAGCCACCGCGUCCAAUAAUUAACCACGAGCUUAACAUGCAGCGGUGCGAGAAGUGCAACUCACCGUUUCUUAUCUGUGAGUGCAACAUAGAUCCGUUAACGGGCGAGCAGUUCGGUGAGUGUGGCCAGGAUUCAUACAAGGUGAAGUGGUAUCGGGUGGAGCAGGAGGCGCCCAAUUUGGCUGGAAGCGAGGAGGCAAUGACCGAUGAAAAGUCUACGACCGACUGGUUGAACCAUCACUGUCCCAUCGACUGCAGACAUGGCAGCAGUAGCGAUUCCUCAGACGUCUGUCAUGAGCAACGGAAGACUGAAUCGGGAGCGGAGUCCGAAACAGAAUUCACCAGCUGCACUGGCGAGGAGCAGGAUAUCGUUGCUAAAUUGGAGGAAUACCUGAACCAGUUGUGGGCCGAAGAGGUGGCGGCAAAGAAAAAUCCAAAGACCUAUAAACCAACUAUGGACCGAAAGCCUCGCGCUUCCUGCCAGCGGAACUGAUUCUCUUUUAAUGACAAUUUUAACUUGCUACGUGUAUCUUUUGAGCCUGCAAUACAGCAAACAGUCUGCAGACUUUACCGACAAUCGAGUCUGAAAGUGUUGUAUGGACUGUAAGAGGAAACUA